AUGGCGGCCUUCGAUGGGACAUCCUGCCCGGAGGAACACCUGAUGGCCUACAAAAACCUAAUGUUGCUGUAUACCACUGACCCGUCAUUGUGGUGCAAGUUCUUCCCAACUACUUUUACGGGAGUGGCGCUGACAUGGUAUACCUCCCUUCUAGGAGGAAGUAUCCACAACUUCGCCCAAUUGGAAGGCAAGUUCCUGGGUCAUUUUGUAGCAUCAAGAAGACAGGAAAAAUCAAACUUCCAUCUGCUUAGCAUCACGCAAUUGGAAGGAGAGUCAAUAUCAUCCUAUCUAAAAAAGUUUCAUGAGGCGGUACUGGAAGCAACUGAUUUGGAAGAAUCGGUUGCAUUAAAUGCCCUGAUCAACGGAAUGAAGGCCCAACGACUGAAGUUCCAGUUAGUCGAAAGUCAAGUAAAGACGUACGCGGAGGCCAUGAAGCAAUGCCAAAGCUAUGUCACGGCCUCCGAAAUAUGUCAAGCCCAUGAUCUUAAAAAACGGAGGUCGGAUAAGAAGGAUCCAACCAAUCAUCCCUCAAGGAGCAGAGAGGAACAGUCAUCCAGGAGGGAAAGAAACUACAUGCCGCGUCGUCCGGAACCUCUGUCAGAUAUGGGGCCCCCACAAUCCCGUCACGAUAUGUCACUGAAGGGGAGCCCAGGACGCGAAAUCUGUUAG